AAAUACAGUUGCUUAGUUGAGCAAACAAAACCGCAUCUAGUUUAUACUAUAAUGUUACCUUCCUUUGGUUUAGUUGUUUCAUCAUCGGAUAUGUCUGACGUGUCACGCCGGAAAAUGACAACAACCACGAGAAUUCACAUAAUGGCCUUAGACGGCAUCGUGAACGUGAAUUCACUCUUCACCUUAGCCCUCUUCCUCGGCAUCACCACCACCAGCACCACCAACAACCUCAUCGGCGACGACGACCCCGCAUGCGCAGCCGGAACCUCCAUUUCCGAAGACCUCAUUGCGUUCCACGUGUACUCCUUCAGCUCCUUCCUCUUCUCGAGCCUCAUCGCCUUGGCUCUCAAAAACAUCAUUAACUUCAGCAAGGACAUCAAAGAUGGUGACAUCGUUCUGGACAGCAGCAACAACAACAACAACAACAACUGGGUUCAUAGUGUUGCGAAAAUUAACACUGUCGUUUUGAGGUUGGGAACUCUCGUUUCGGCUUUUGGGUCGGUGUUCGGAUGCGGGUUUUUGGUGAUGGCGCUUGUGGAUUUGGUUCAGAUCAAGUUGGGAACUUUGGGUUGUGGUAGUCCUCAUACUUUUGCUGCCGUCGCUCCAUUGCUUGUUCUUGUUCCCACUGCGCUACUUAUCUAUGUUGUUCUCGUCCUCUAUGCAUUUACUCGUUAGUCAAUUAGGCUUUUAUAUAUAUACAUAUAUAUAUUGCAUAGUAUUAAAUAAAUUAAAUUAAAAUGAUGAUUUAAUGUGUCAAAGUAGAUAAAUGUCAUCAGUUGAGGAAUCAAGGAUCCAUGUAGGAAAGGCUGUAUGAAAUGAACAAUGAAGAGACCGAGUCCAAAGUGUGUCAUUC